AAGAGAAGACAGUUAGAGAAGGAUCGUACCACACUCUUCAUCCUCGUCCUCCCAUCAUCACGAUGGACGCACCUUUAAGUACGAGCGUGUGGAUUUUUUGGUUAGCGCUCUCGUCGCUUUUUUGCGGAACUUUCGCACAAGAUGCAUGCGACAGCGCUCUGGUGUCCAACUUGCCGCCGUCGGCCUUCAGCAGCUCCUCCCAGCUGUCUGCUAGUCACGCUCCAGUCUUCGCCAAGCUCAACAGACGAGAUGGAGCAGGAGGUUGGUCGCCGCAGGCGUCCGACUCAUCUCAAUGGUUGGAAGUGGACCUCGGGGAGCGGACCACCAUCACGGCGUUAUCCACGCAGGGGCGCUACGGCAGCUCUGACUGGCUGACCUCCUACCUACUCAUGUUCAGUGACACCGGUCACAACUGGAAACAACACCGAUUAGAGGACAGCAUUGGGUCUUUUUCAGGCAACAUUAACGCCGACAGUGUGGUUCAGCACAAGCUGAAGCGUCCGGCUAUUGCGCGCUUUCUGCGUCUGCUUCCCACGGGUUGGAACCCCAGCGGACGGAUCGGACUGCGGCUCGAGGUCUACGGGUGUCCUUACAGUUCUGAUGUGAUGUCGUUGGAUGGUCAGGGCGGUGUCGUUUUGUUCUCAUGGAGCAGCGCAUCGAGGAGUUUAUCAGACACAGAGCAGGAGGAAGUCUCGUUGAAGUUUAAGAGUCUGAAGAAUUCCGGGAUGCUGCUGCACGCUCGGGGAGCCUCGCCAUUCGGAUUCAGUGUAGAGCUUAAGGCGGGAAAAGUCAUCAUGGCCAGCACAGGAGAACAAGCAAGGAACUCUAAUCCCGGGCGUAGGCAUCUGGCCUCAUUGGGCAGCCUCUUGGAUGACCACCAGUGGCACCAGGUUGCAGUGCAAUGCCAUACCGCUCGAUGCAACCUCACAGUGGACCAGCACAUACAGACUAUAGAGCUACCGCCACAUUUCCACCACUGGCACAUCCAGCAGUUAAGCAUUGGUGGAAUUCCCAACAUCCCAGACGGGAGGUUCCAAGGCUGCCUGGAGAACGUCGCGUACAACCAACAGAACCUGAUUGCGAUGGCCAGGCGAGGUGACCGUCAAGCCACUGUGAUGGGCAAUGUCACCUUCGCGUGUGCCCACCAGACUCUUGCCGUAGCCGCCACCUUCCCCGGGCCCCGAGGCUUCCUCCAGUUGCCGGGGGCACCGUCAGCGACUGUGGGGGGAGUGUCGGUGGGGCUACAGUUCCGGACGUGGAACCGGGAUGGUUUGCUGCUCACCUUCCGGCUCCCUCGGCAGGGCGGCGUAGUUUGGCUGUACCUGGACAAUGCCCAGCUCAGGCUGCGGGUACAGAAGGCUAGCAAAGUACUGUUGGAACUCAAGACAGGUUCUGGCCUGAAUGACGGCCAGUGGCAUUCAGUGGAUCUGAAUUCCAGGCGAGGACACCUUAGCAUCACCGUGGACAAAGACGACACGGCUCAUUCCAAUCCCUCAUUCAACAUUGUCAUCGAGAAGGACCUCUUCUUCGGUGGUUGUCCGGCGGAGGGAGAGCAGCAGGAGGCCUGCAGGAAUCCUUUUGCCUCUUUCCAGGGUUGCCUUCGCCAGCUGACUCUGGAUCAUCAACAGGUGGACCUCAUCCUGGUGCAGCAAAGGAUGCUGGGAAACUACAGUGACCUCCUAAUUGACAUGUGCGGGAUCAUUGACAGAUGUUCUCCGAGUCGCUGCGAGCACGGCGGGCGCUGCACUCAAUCCUGGACGGGUUUCCACUGCAACUGCAGCGACAGCGGCUACGGCGGCGCCACCUGUCACAGCUCGGUGUACGAACAAUCCUGCGAGGCGUACAAACACAACGGCAACACGUCAGGACAUUUCUACAUCGAUGUGGAUGGCAGCGGACCCAUCAAACCGCAACUGGUUUACUGCAACAUGACAGAGGAGAACACUUGGAUGGAAAUUCGCCACAACAACUCCGAGCUGACACCAGUGCUGCCAUCUAGUGGUGAACAUCAGCACCUUGUACGGAUGAACUACUCUGCUAAUGACGAGCAGCUGAAGGCUGUCAUUGGCCAAUCAGACCACUGCCAACAGCAAAUGGUCUACCGCUGCAGGAAGUCACGCCUCCUAAACACAGCAGAGGGUUCUCCGUUGAGCUGGUGGAUCGGCGGCUCCGCACCAGGUGAACGUCAGGAUUACUGGGCGGGGGCUCAGCCGGGCAGCCAGCAGUGUGCAUGCGGCCUGCAGGGAGACUGCUUGGACCCCAAACAUUACUGCAACUGUGACGCUGAUAGCGCUCAAUGGGCUGAGGACUCAGGCUUGCUGACCCACAAGAAGAGCCUCCCUGUCCGCACUCUGGUACUAGGUGAUGUGAAGCGGUCCGGCUCAGAGGCCGCCUACCGGGUUGGGACGCUGCGUUGCCAUGGUGACAAGAAUUUCUGGAACGCCGCCUUCUUCGCUACGGAGACUUCCUACCUCCACUUCCCGACGUUCCACAGUGAGCUGAGUGGCGACAUCUCCUUUCUGUUCAAGACGAGCGCUCCCUCCGGCGUCUUCCUGGAGAAUCUGGGCAUCAGGGAUUUCAUACGCGUUGAGCUGAGCUCUCCUUCCAGAGUUCUGUUCUCCUUCGAUGUGGGCAAUGGUCCUCUUGAGGUCGGUGUGGACUCGAACUCAGCGCUGAACGACGAGCGCUGGCAUCGGGUUCGUGUGGAGCGUAACGUAAAGGAGGCGUCGCUGCGGUUGGACGCCUUGCCCGCCGCUACCCUCCAAGCGCCUGCCGAUGGACACGUUCACCUGCAGCUCAACAGCCAGCUCUUCAUUGGCGGUACGGCAUCCCGCCAGAAGGGUUUCCGUGGUUGCAUACGCUCCUUGCAGCUCAAUGGCGCCACCCUGGACCUUGAGGAGAGGGCACGUAUCACGCCCGGCGUUCGACCAGGCUGCCCGGGUCACUGCGACAGCUAUGGAGCGCUAUGCCAGAACGGCGGCCGCUGUGUGGAGAGGAACAAUGGCUUCCACUGUGACUGCAGCCAGUCUGCUUACGAUGGAGUCUUCUGUCACACGGAGGUAUCGGCUGUCUUCAGGCCGACAACAUCCGUCCGCUACACCUUUCAGAUGGAAGUCUCCGAGCGGGGCAGUGGGACCGUUAGCGCAAAACCACCGUCGCCGUCCUCUAUCUUGUCCGAUUUGAGCCUGAGAGCGGAGAACAUGUCUCUGAGUUUCCGCACCAACCAGAGUCCUGCACUGUUGCUCUACGUGUCAUCGUACCAGCGAGAGUACAUGGCUCUUCUCAUCAAUAAACACGAUAAGAUGGAGGUGCGCUACAAACUCCACGGCAGCAAGGAAACAGAGGUGUUGAGGAGCCGAGCCAAAGGUCUGGCCGAUGGUCGUCUGCAUACGGUGGUCGUCAGCAGAGUCAUGGACGCUGUAUCUGUGCAGAUUGACCAAAGUACUAAAGAGGACUUCAACUUGACCUCCGACAGCGAAUUCAAUGGCAUUAAGUCACUGUUGCUAGGUAAAGUACAAGAGUCUGCAGAUGUAGAUGCUGAUCUGGUUCGCUUGUCCUCGCUGGGCUUCGACGGUUGUCUUUCAUUGGUGCGCUUUAAUUCCGUCAGUCCCCUCAAGGAGGCACUGCGCCAGCAGCACAGUUUAAACGUAGACAUCAGCGGGCCCCUAGUCCGCUCCAAAUGUGGCUCGCCUGGGGCGUCCGAUCCCUACGCCGAGUAUGACACGCCGCACCUUUCAGGCCCGUCAGGUUCGGGCCAGCCCUUAGUCAAUGCCAUGCGGACUGACUCUGCACUCAUUGGAGGGGUGAUCGCGGUGAUAAUCUUUGUGACGGUGGCCGUCCUGGCAGUGGCCGCCAAGGUCCUGUACCGGCGCAAGGAGACGUACCGGAACCAGGAAGUGAAAGGCAGCCAGAGAGAGGAGAGCCAGGAUUUAGCCUCUGAACACCAGACAGACUGCCAGAAUGCCUCUCGGCAGAAUCCUAAGGAGUAUUUCAUCUAGGAGCGCACAGCAAGGGAGCGCUCCUGGCAGAAAUUCACGCUGCAUUCGAACAUGCUGGGCCACACGUGUAAAUAGCUGUACAGAUGUGUAAAUAUUUGAGAACAUCAACGGUGACUUUGUGUCUUUGUACGAUUUUGAAUUUUUUUUUUUUUUUUUUCAAAUAGAGCGCAGUGAGGGAACACCCAAGAUCCAGAUGAUUCUAGCACGCCCACAAGUCCUUGGCUGUCACUGGCUGUAAAGUUCAAGCCAAAGUAACAGCUGACAGGUCAUUUAGGCCAAUCAUACUUUAAGAGGGCGGUGUGUGAAAAAGACAGUAAAGGAUCUGGAUAGAUAUUGUUAUAGCGCUAAAAAAAAAAAAAAAAUCAACGCAUGGAUUCAAAUAUGUGUUUUGUUGCUGGCAUGUGUGCCAAUAUUUUUUCAUAUACUUCAGAUUUUCCUCAAAAACAUGUUUUUGAUCGAGAUUAAAUGUCAUCAUGUCAUGUGGAAGGAAAAAAAUCUACUAUAGUUGAAGGGUGCGCAUACAAAAAUGUAUUUUAUGGAUUGUGAUAAAUAGCCAUACUACUCCAGAAAUUGUUUUUAAAGGGCAAAAUGCAAAUUUCAGCCUAGCGGUGUUUGCAAUUAACUGUCUCAGCCAUUUUGCCAGACUUCCUUCUGAUGGAGAUGGAAUGUGAAAUUGUGUCACAUGGAUAAAGGAUCUGAUGAAAGCUGCACUUACGCAAAUAUUAUCUCAAUUCUGAUGAAAAGCGUUGCUAGGAUUCAACAAAUUCCAGUUCUGUGAACGAAAAAUACAAGCAUUUUUCUUCUCAAUGUGAGAAUUUUCCCCGAAAAAAAAAGAUUUGUGAUCCGAUGUCAGUAUGUAUGUGGAAAAAAACACAAUAACCAUGGUUUCCACAUGAUAUUUAUCACAUUAAAACAUGAAACCCUUCAAGUUAAAAUGUGAAAAUUAUCUUACAAUGUAAGUUAAAAAGUAACAUGAGAAUGAAGCAGUAAAUAUUAUUUUCAUCACCCCAAAACACUUUCGAUUUUUGCAUUCCAUUGCUUCAGUUUUUUUUUGUCUGUGUUUUGGUUUGCUUUCUGAUAUGAAUGCAUUUGCUUGUUAUCAUACAAUCCAGUUUUUGCAGUGCUCAACAACAGAUUUUAAACACAUUUAAAGAACAAAAUUUUUAUCACCUCAACUGUAUUCCAGUGGAGUGACGUUAUAAAUCGUUUUUUAAAAAUGGUUUUCAUUAAAUGGACCCAGUUGUUGGCUUCCAACACUUCCCAGCUAAAAUGGAUUGGACAUCUAUUGCCGUCAAUGGCAGCCAAAGAGCUACUCUAUCUGAGGUCACAAAACAAAAAAUUAAUAAAAUUCCCUGACCAAAAUACACAUGUACACACUUCUUUGAAUUUAUCUUUAUUCUUAUCAGUUUACUCCAAUUUGUUUUAAUGUCUUUUUAAAUUUUCAUUUUUUUGUGUUAAGGGAACCACGAAUAGAAAGCGAUGUAGUUCUUAAAAGAUAAAUGUUAGUACGAGUUAUAAUAAUUUGAGAUUGAAACCCCUCUUAAUUUUUCUGUUUGAAUACAUUUGUAAAAUAAGUGUAAAAUUAGUGUAACUAGUAGGCUGCCAUUGCUGUUGACGUCGCAGGGCUUCAUGUCGUCGGUUCUGUCCUUCCAGUUGAAACCGGAGCGGAACAUUAAUUGGUUGGACAGCCCUGUCAGUAUUUCACAAAACGAACAGCAAAUGCUAAAUGAAAAGGAAAGACGGGAUGACACGAGAGUAUCGUUCAUUUGUCAAAUUUGCUAGUGACAGCUCUCUCCUGCUCUAGUGACGGAACAGGAGUGUCUGAUGUAAAAAAUAAAAAAAAAAUGCAGAUCUUCACGGUAAACUACUGUGUGAUCCAACUUAGUCCAAUAUUAUUGUGGGGAUAGUUAGCAUCCAAAGCUAUUGAGUGCUUUACAUAUGAUCAGGGUAUGGAGUGAAGCACGGCAGGUUGUUUUUAGCAGAUAGCCCGUGUAUCCCAGCACACAUUAAAGUUUGCCUCUACUGAGACGUCUAAUGACGUCUUACCUUAUUUUGGUCACAUAAAAGCGCUGUCCACAUUGUUGGUCAUCCUGCCGGUGUACUCAGAUUUAUCAAGACUUAUAUGUUGCCCCCGCAGUUUGCUUGACGUCACCACCCUGGGACAUCAACAACAAUGGCGAUCUACUACGGUAGUUAAACUUAUUUUACAAAUUUUAUUAAACUGAAAACAUUAAGAGGGGUUUUAAUAUUUAUUUAUUUAUGGACUUUUAUUGUCAUCAUCAUCGGUAUCAUUGACAAUCACAAAAUGUGAUAUGAUUUGCCCGAAGAAACCGAAGAAGACGACAAGGGCGGACGAGAUGAAGCAUAUGCUUUUCAGUUUCCCGUCCCCCAUACAACUAUAGACGCACAUUCAGGCAUGGAACAUACAUCAAAACUGUAGAAUAACACAGUCAACAAUCUGGGUUUAGUGACUAAGCGUCCAGUCAAGCAGCUCGAUUGAUUUUAGGGCGUACAAGGUUAUGACUUAGUCAUGUCCCUGACAUUUUUGCAUCUGUUUGCUGUGGAACAUUUUGUUGUGGCUAUGUGUGUAACAUUUUAUCACAGCUGGUGUGAGUGGCGACUCAAAAUGCUUUUCUUAUAAGUCUCUUAAAAGGAUACAUUGCUGAGGUGUACAUGGUGGCAACAAUUGGCGCACACAAGGUCACUGUAACAGUUUCAUCAGACAUGAAUGUAUGAGAAAAUCAAACAACAUGCUGUACAUAUUUUGUCCCAAGAUUAAUGUCUCCACAACGAAAACAUGCUUAUUUUUCAUUUUAUACAGUAUCUUUUCCAUAUACUCAGUAAACUAGACAUUUGAAUCAGGAGCUCGGUAGACACAGCAGAUAAUUAUGUUUUUACAAUUGGGGAUUAGGAGUUCAAUUGUAAUACAUUCCAGGAGAUUGUCAAUCAUAAUUGUAACACCCCCUUCCCCCUUAGAUGCCCGAUACUUUUGUGUCAUGUUAUAUCCGUGCAAAUUAAAGUCAGAGCCUUUGUUGUCUUUAGUAGAUAAUCCUUAAUGUGUUCAAGAUUCUUGUAACUCCUGCCGUUGAUAAGUUUCAGCUACCGUCCACAUCCACGAGUUGUUAUACUGGUCGGCUGUGUAGUAUUUACAGUUACCCAGCUAUUGUAGUCAGUUGGUCAAGACUCGUAAUAGCUCUAAUCUUCAUAUCCUGCGUCUUGACAAGGAUCCUGCAAUUCGAGACCCAGGUGUUGGCUGUUGUCCCAGCUUUCUUGAGUUGACGUGCUUUUCUUGCAAUUUCAGCAUUUCGGCGAGUUAAGUUGUCAUUCAAAAAAAUCUUCGACCCUUUCAGGUGUGGGCGCUGGUUAAGCAGGGCAGUCUUGAUCUUGAGGUCGGCCAGCUUCAUGAGCACCAUCGUCGGUCCUCUCCCCCCAGAUGGGAGCAGAAGGCAGCGACGGAUGUCCAGCGGUUCUAUGUUUAUUCAAUACUCUUUCAGCUUAGCGAUUGCCAGUUGCGCCACUGUGUUCCCUGGGCCAGGCGUCAAUUGUAAUCCAGAAAUGAUGAGCUCAUUUGCGCGUCGCCACUGGUCGAGAUUGUCAGCCAAAAUUUCCAGCUUCUUGAUGUGAACAUCUCUCUCCUCGACUGCCUGCUCUAGUUUCUCGUUUUCAGCGCGAAUUAAAUGGAGCUCUCUGACGAUUUCUUGAUUCUGGUUUUGAAUCAAGCCAGUCAAUGAGACCUCCAACUUCUGUAUGAAGGAUUUUAUUUCAUCCAAGUCUCCAGGUUUCAAAUUCUUUGGAGCCAUACUGGGAGUCGAGGUUGCUGGCUCUGAGAGCUUAUCGGUUAAAAUAAGAGAGUGCUUCAGAGUGCGUCUGUACGUGGCGAAGGUUGAGCAGCGAAAGCAAUAUAAAUAUUAUUAUAACUCGUACUAACAAUUAUCUUUUAAGAAAUACAUGUCUUUCUAUCCUUGGUUACCUUUAAAUUUAUUUAAUACAUUUAUAUUUAGAAUAAUAUAUAUUUUUAUUACUCAUGUAUUUUUUUUAUUUGCAUUUUUUUUCUUUUAUUACUAUUUAAAUAAAUGAUUCCCACCCACCAAAAUAGAACCUUCAAUUUGAUUAUAUUUAAAAUUAUGUAUUUAUAUUUUUGUUCCCAGCACAAAUACAUCGCAUAUACUGUACAUAAACACACCAAUUAGAUGUCAAAUAGAGGGACACAAAAUAUUGUCCUGUAGGCCGCAGUAGACCCCUGGCCACAAAUUUAAGACCCUUGUCCUGUGCAUGAAAGGGGUCAAAAACGCAAAGGUCUACAAAGACUAUUCAGGACAAAUAUCAAACCACACAUACAGGAGGGCAAAUAAGUAUUUAGUCAACCACUAAUUGUGCAAGGUUGAGGUUUGUCCAUGUUGACAUUUGCAGGCCUCUCUAAUAUUUUCAAGUGGGAGAACUUGCACAAUUAGUGGUUGACUAAAUACUUAUUUGCCCCACUGUAUAUAAGUCAUCAACUAUUGUGUCAAAAUUCAAACGGUAAGUUUUUCUUUCUAAGUGUCAAAAACAACAUGCAAAUUGAGGAUAAAUCUUCUUUAAAAACGUAGUUUCUUAUCACUCUUGUUCACUCGCGCCAUUUUGAAAAGUAAACGGUCGUCCCAUCUCAGAAAAUACGACUUGAGGGGGCGUUCACAUGCACUUUUCCACUCGACAAGUGGUAUUUACCAGAAUUAAGACUUCACUUGAAGGCAGCAUAAAGAAGAAGAGGUGCACUUCCUGCUUCACCCGCGUGUUCUCAUCCUCUCUCCACCUUUUCCGUUCCACUCAGCAGUUCAUACAAGGGGCAGGGAGCAGAUAAUCAAUCAGUGUACACUACCUCUUACAAUCCGAUCCAAAAUACAAUACGAUCCGGGUAAAUCCGAUUGGCAAAGGUGUUCAUAUGAGACAUUUUACUUGUAUUGGCCUUUCAAUCGCAUUAUAAAUAGGAUUUUUGGACCCAUUUAAACACACCCACUGAGACGCUUCAUCAGAAAAAACACAACUCAAAACAGAGAUAUGAGAGUUUCAUCUCCUUUGAAGCACAAAACUUCCCGUCCCGUGUAGGCCUACAUCAUCAAACAUGUUUGCGACCCUUCAUAAUUUCUGAACUAAUAUAGCGUAGCAGAAAGAUUUUUUUCCCUCCUUUCGAUCAAAAUCAUAAGAAUGAACUAAAGAAAAAAAAAAAAAAAAAGCUCUAAAUUCUGAUGUGAUCGCAACCUCUAUGAACCAGGAAGUAGCCCGCAAGCUAACAAAUAGAAAUUUGAAACGCCACAAUUCUUUUACCCUUCGAUUUUGUUCCCUUAACUGACGUCUGCGCUUAUGCUGAAAGACUUCCAAUUGUGGAUGGAAAAAUGUUGAUGACUCACUUUGUUCCUGUUGGCCAACUGAAUUAUUAAUCCCGUCAAUGUGAGAUGUGAAAUGCAAAACACUUCUAUGAAACGUCUUUAUUUCCUCAAAAGCUGUCUUUUUGGGGUUUUUCUGUCGUUAUUAUUUCAUGUUUCUCCCGCCCGC